AUGGCCUCCGAAUACGAUGUCGAUUACCAUGUGAAACACACUUCUGACUAUCUCAAGAAACAUAAAGUGAAAGUCAAUCCGAGCAUUUCUGUGGCCCAUGAAAUUGCAUUGAAAAAACGACUGGCCAUCUAUCCUGUAAGUCGCCUUGAAUGCAAAAGUUUCAUCAUCCCCACAGGAAACCCCUCCUGAGGAAAGAUAACAUCUUCAACAGGGGCUUGUGCCGAAAGCAUUUUGUCUUUGGAAUUGUCAAAAGCGAUGUGUUUAACGGUGCCUUUAAAAAGACUCUGUACAAUUUACAACAUUUCAGCCUGUCCUCCAGUGGAAUAACGGUGAACGGAUAGGAAAUGCCAUUUUAACUCUUGCAGCUUUCCUAUGGUGCAGCACCUAAAUACAUUGAAGCACUCAGCACCCUGUUUUCUGGUACAGGAAAAAU